AUUCACAGUUGAUUUUGAACAACUGACCGACGAGGAAUGGAACAUCUGCUCAGAACUCUGCUCUGUGUUGAAGCCAUUUGCACAGGUUUCAACACAGCUUAGUGCUGAGUCAUAUCCUACUGGCAGCCAAGUUAUUGUUCUGACAAGGGGAUUAUUAUCAGUGUGUGCAGAACUUUUGAAACGGCCAUUUAACAGUGUGACAAGGACUAUCAUUGAAGAAUUAACAAAAGGCCUGAAGGACCGUUUCCACAAUGUAGAGAUGAGCAAAUCUAUAGGAGUAGCCACUCUACUAGAUCCACACUUUAAAUCUCUUGUGUUUCAAAGCCGAGUUGCAGCAGAUAAUGCAAAGAAACAGCUUAUUGAACUAGUAGCACAAAAGAUGGGUGACAGAAGACUGACAAACACAGGCCAGAGCCAUGAAACUGUGUCAACUUCAACCACCACUGAUCCCUUGUCAGUAUGGGGUGUCUAUGAUGCAAUUGUAAAAUCAACACAGCCCCAGGGCACUCCUCAGUCAGCUGCUAUUGUGGAAGUACAAAGUAGUGGAUUCGAGAGGCACACCAACACCAGCAGAUGAGUCUCAGUUUAAUACUUGGGAUAUUAUAACAGUAAGGUAAUUCUAGUUUGGGUACAUUUUUGGCAGAUUUGAUCUCUCCCUUAAAAUGGCGAUAUAACUGUAGGGCAUAGCAUAUAUU